AUGAAGUUAGUGCUAUUGUUCGGUGCGCUGGCUUUGGCCAGUGCCGCUCCGGAUGGAUAUCAUUACAAUCCACCAGCCGUGAGCAGUACAUUGUACUUUCCGUCGGUUCCGUCAAGUGUUGCACAAGAAAGUGACGACUGUGAAGAACCAGCGCCGCAACCUCCAGUGUUUCUUCAGCAAAGUUUACCGUUGUACGCUCCAGUUCCCAACCAGCAACCGUCCCAAUUGUACCAAUUUCCUUUGAAAACUACGGUUGUCCAGCCUUUGAAGACGCAAGUAACCUUCUCAACUCAACACCAGCUCGGCCAUUCUUACCAACAGCAGCAACAACACGGUUGGAAUGUGCAACAGCAAGCAUCCAGUAGCGGCUGGAAGUACACGCAACCGGCAAAACCGUCGGUUUUGUUGGACCAACAUCAUCACCAGCAACAAUCCAGUAUUUGGGUGAAACCACAGUCCACAGUCGAAGAAGUCUACAAACACGUUUACGUUCAUGUUCCACCGGAAGACAAAGAGGAAUACGAACCUCCUCGAGUAGUCCAACCAGCUGCCCACAAGCAGACCCAUUAUAAGAUCAUUUUCAUCAAGGCACCGAACCAUCCACAGCCAAAGUCUGUCGUUUUGCCACCUCAACCACAGAACGAAGAGAAGACAAUCGUCUACGUCCUGCACCAGAAGCCUGAGCAGAAGCAAGAAGUAAUCCUCCAGCCACCGGAGCCGGCAAAGCAAAACAAACCCGAAGUUUACUUCAUCAAGUACCGAAACAAGGAUGAACACAAAUCGGUGCAAUUGGUUGCAUCAACAGUUGCUCCCGCAGUAAGCCAUUCGGACAGCGCCAGUUUGAGUGUCGUGAGCAAUGAGCAGUCCAGCGCGUACUCAUCCGGAUCGUCUGGUUCCAGUUACUCCUACGUCAGUAGUACACCUGCCCCUGUGAAAGAGCCCGUCACUCCAAGCUAUUCCUACGUGAGCAGCACACCUGCACCUGCGGUAGUGUACAGCACAUCCUCAUCUCAUUCCGGCGGUGGCAGCAGCAGCAACGGUUACUCCAGUGGUAGUAGUUACAGCAGCUUCAGUCAAGGAAGUGGACAAGCCGCCAGUGGAUAUGAGAGUUACGUCGACCUCGGAAAUUCCGGAUACUCCAGCUUUUCCAGCAGUGGCGGAAACCAGCUGGGAGUGAUCAAUGUUGCGUCCGCCGAUUAUGUGCCAGUUGUCAGUACUACCGUAGCUCCACUAGUCAAGGUACUCCCAACGGAAGCUACGUACGUUAGUACGACGCCACACAGCGUGGUUAGCAGCACCGUCGGUCUGCUGGAAGACGUUGCCAUCAAGAAUCCUGGUCUCAGCGGUUACUCCAGCCAGUCAGUCCCGGUAGCCAAGAAGAAGUGCCGCCGGUGUUCCAGUACAACCAGUGCCCCUUUGAAGGUGGUUCAAGACGCUUACGUGUCCAACCUGUAUUGA